AUGGCUGACGUGGAGGACCGCAAGCCGACUGAGAACGUCGAGGGGGCUCAGGAGAACGAGCAGGUGCAGCUUAAUGAGGGCGACAUCGAGACGAACUGGGACGAGGUGAUCGAGACCUUCGACGGCAUGGAGCUGCGUGAGGACCUGCUGCGCGGUAUCUACGCCUACGGUUUCGAGAAGCCGUCUGCCAUUCAGCAGCGCGCUGUGAAGCCCAUCCUUCUGGGCCACGAUUGCAUUGCCCAGGCUCAGUCCGGUACUGGUAAGACUGCCACGUUCGCCGUGUCCAUCCUGCAGAAGAUCGACAUUAACCUUAAGGAGACUCAGGCUCUGAUCCUUGCCCCCACGCGUGAGCUGGCUCAGCAGAUCGUUAAGGUUGUGGUUGCUAUCGGCGACUACAUGAGCGUGCAGGUGCACGCCUGCGUCGGUGGUACCGCUGUGCGCGACGACAUCCGUACGCUUCAGCAGGGUGUGCACAUCGUGGUCGGUACCCCCGGCCGUGUGGGUGACAUGAUCAACCGUCGUGCUCUGCGUACGGACGAAGUCAAGAUGUUCGUGCUGGAUGAGGCCGAUGAGAUGCUGUCUCGUGGUUUCAAGGACCAGAUCUACGAGGUGUUCCGCUUCCUGCCCGAGAAGGUGCAGGUGGCUCUGUUCUCGGCUACCAUGCCUCUGGAUGUGCUUGAGGUGACUCGUCGCUUCAUGCGCGAGCCUAUCCGUAUCCUCGUGAAGCGUGACGAACUAACCCUUGAAGGUAUUAAGCAGUUCUUCAUUGCCAUCGACCGCGAGGAGUGGAAGUUCGACACGCUUUGCGAUCUGUACGAGACGCUGACCAUCACACAGGCCAUCAUCUACUGCAACACGCGCCGAAAAGUGGACUGGCUUACCGAGAAGAUGCAGUCGAAGGACUUCACCGUGUCGGCCAUGCACGGUGACAUGGAGCAGCGUGAGCGUGACAUCAUUAUGCGCGAGUUCCGCUCGGGCUCGUCGCGUGUGCUGAUCACCACGGACCUGCUGGCCCGUGGUAUCGAUGUGCAGCAGGUGUCGCUGGUCAUCAACUACGACCUGCCCACGAACCGCGAGAACUACAUUCACCGUAUCGGUCGUUCGGGUCGUUUCGGUCGUAAGGGUGUGGCCAUCAACUUUUUGACGCACAACGACGUGCGAUACCUGCGCGACAUUGAGCAGUUCUACAACACGCAGAUCGACGAGAUGCCCAUGAACGUCGCGGAUCUUAUUUAA